UGACGAUUGGCUGUCUGGAAGUGUUGAGGGAAGUUACUGGUAAGACAGACUGACGUGCCGGGGAAGCGAUGCCACCAGCGGGGUUCGGGCUGCUGUUGCUCGGUGUGUUCUGCCUCUGGUGCCCGGGGCUGGGGAGCGAAGAGGCGGAGUACGUAACGUGCGGAUCCGUGGUGAAGCUGCUCAAUACUCGGCACAAUGUGCGGCUCCACUCCCACGAUGUCAAGUACGGCUCAGGAAGCGGGCAGCAGUCCGUCACUGGAGUGGAGUCCUCAGAUGAUGCAAACAGCUACUGGAGGAUAAGGGCAAAGGUCGGUGAAGUGUGUCCCCGCGGAGAGCCAAUAAAGUGUGGGCAAACCAUUCGCCUUACCCAUGUGAAUACUGGGAAGAACCUGCACUCGCACCAUUUCUCAUCCCCCCUCUCAAACAAUCAGGAAGUAAGUGCCUUUGGAGAGAAUGGGGAAGGAGACGACAUGGACACUUGGGCAGUGCAGUGUAGCGACAGUGUUUGGGACCGUGAAGACACAGUGCGUUUCAAGCAUGUUGGAACCAGCAUGUACCUGACCGUUACAGGCGAACAAUACAGUCAUCCAAUCCGAGGACAGAGAGAAGUACAUGGCAUGACAAGUGCCAAUGCUCACAACUACUGGAAGGUGAUGGAGGGUGUGUUCAUCAAACCAAGCCUCCCUCCAGGGGCAGGAAGGCAUGAUGAGCUAUGAAAUAAAUGUGGAGUUCUGGUUGAAGACCAUAUUGAUAAAUGCUGACUUGAAGAUUUGCUCGUCCACUGGAUUGCCUUGAUACAGACCAGUGGGACUGGACUAUUUUGUUACAUUUUUCUAAGAGUUGGAACACUGCACAUGUACACAGUUGAGCAAGAAUGUGUUCUAUGUAAAAA